AUGGAGCUGAACACUAAGCUGAACAGGAAGAAGAGUACAUCGACGCUGGCUAAGACCAUUAGUUUCACGCAUACGAGGGCGCCAGUGGAGGAUGACGUUAGAUCACCGACAAUUACACAGAGCAAUAAGGAUAACAACAAGACCAGCCCGUUCAAUUAUUUAAAUCGAAACAGCUCAAACUCCACGCUUAGCUCGAUCACACAUACACUGUCGAACGUUGGCUUCACUUCGAUAUCACAGCCAAGCGCUGCAAAUGGUGGUUCUUCAGCGAAUAGUCCAGAUAGCGGCUCGAGCAACUCCACAGUGACGAGCCCUGUUUUGGGGAAGGUUGAGAGUAAGUUGGCCAGGGCUAAGAUGUUUGCAAAGACAAAGACUAAGGAGUUGAAGAGAAGCCGAACCCUGACUGAGGGUAAUGCUAUACAUGAAGGCACUGCGAUGGGAGAUAGUUCCAGUGUUGCGGGUGCUAGUAUAACUAGUGGCGGUACAACUGCGUCGAGUAUUUUCCUGAAGCGAACUGGGCAUGGUCAUCAUGUCUUGUCGUCCAGCUCUUCAAACUCUAAGGUUGUUGAGAGUGGUAGUACGAUGUACUCAUUUGAUCCUUCACAGAUAUUGGAUCGAGAAGCUGCGAUGAAGCAGCUGAGUGACGUAAACACGAGGCAUUUAACAUUUGAUGAACGUGAUCAGAUGGCUGAUAAUCUGUGGGCCACUGUAACAAAUAUCCUGAGGCCUCUGUUCAAAAUUGAUUCUAAGAAUGGACUACAAUUGAAGUUGCCCGUUGAGGAUGUUUCGAGGAUGAUUGAAACGUUUCUAAAGUUAAGAAUACGAAAUAACGUAUCUGCAACAAACUUGGUCCGUGAAAUUAUGGACUUCUUUAAAACUGGAUUCAACGUAUUGGACAAUGAAUUGAGCUUUGAUCAAGGAAUUACAAAUGCACAUGAUUACUACUUCAGAAUGACAUACACAUGGGAAUACUUCUUUAAAAACAUAUACCAUUAUCUACUUGCAGUUUUCGAACCUCUUGACUUGGAAUUAAGUGGGUCAGGGAAGAUAGUUAAGGACAAAUCGUACUGGGUUGAACUAACUGAUUCCCAAAUAGUCCCAUCCACCAAGAAGAUUGUUCUAUUGGCGUUUAGGGAUUAUGUGGUGAUUCCAUAUUUUGAAAUGAAUAUAGAUAUUCCAGAGCUACAGGACAGAGAAAGACGAUUGAUGAUUCAAUGCUUUGGAAUGAUGAAAAUUGUACAGUCAAAUACGUAUAAUCAAAGGAUCAUAGAGUUCAUCUCAAAUUCUUUGGAGUCUCAAUUGACAAUGAUGAAAGUUGAAUCUUGA